AUGUCCUACGAUCUCAACAUACCAUUUCUUUCUUCUACACCUACCCCCGAACUUGAACGAACAAUUGCCUUUCUUGCCUCUCUAGGAUACACCACCCUCGCCCUCUCCCAAACACACAACGCCUCUUCCCUCCCGUCGCAAGUAACAAACACCAUUCCCCUCCCGCCGGUCCUCAAAACGCCCUCUAAAACAACAAUCCUUCGCCGCUGUACCCUCAUCCUCUCCGAUCCGGCGCACAACCCUCGUCUAACAGUCCUCUCCCAAUCCUACGACAUGCUCGCCUUGCGCCCUACAACCGAAAAGGCAUACCUCUCAGCAUGUCUGUCGAUGCCCGAGAUUAGCAUCAUCUCUCUGGACCUAACGCAGAGAUUUGGUUUCCACUUCAAGCCUAAACCGCUUAUGACGGCUGUGAAUCGCGGGGUACGAUUCGAGAUUAAUUAUGCGCAAGCGGUGCAGGGUGAUGGGCCUGCAAGGCGAAAUUUUAUAAGUAAUGCCAUGGCUAUUAUUAGAGGGACAAAGGGAAGAGGAAUUGUGAUUAGUAGUGAGGCUACGGAUGUGAUUGCUGUGAGGGCGCCGGCUGAUGUGUUGAAUUUAUUGGGAGUUUGGGGUUUGGGGAGGGAGAGGGGACUAGAGGCUUUGGGAGUAAACCCGAGGGGUGUAGUUGUCAAUGAGGGACUUAAAAGAAGUGGGUUUAGAGGGGUCAUUGAUGUCGUGAAUGGUGGAGAGCGACCUGUGGUUGAAAAGAAAGAAGGAGGAAAGGAAUCGGCCAAGACAAAGACAAAACGAAAAGUCGAGGAGACGACGGUCGAAGGAACACCACCAAUAAGCAAAAGACAAGCCAAGAGGAUGAAGUUGGAAGCAUUGAAAGCUUUAAAGGCAAACGCGUCCUCACAAUCCCAAAAAGAAGGAUCAUCAUCAUCACAAAUCAAAACUCAAAUACAAUCCAAAGCAAUGACUUUAGAUAGCACCUCGAAGCUAAAACCCAAAGGAUAA